AUGUCAUUAUCAGAAAAGUCCAUCAAUACAGUAGGUACUGAUUCCAAAACCAAGAGUGAAACACACCUGGAAAAGCCUUCCACGGGGAAAGGCACCAUUAGCAACAAAGUGAGUCAACAGCAACAACCUAUGCCACGGCCUAUUCUGUUUAAAAGUGGUAGUUCGGCAAGCUCGAUCGUAUCGAAGCAGUCAAACUUGCCACCGUUGAACACCACAUUCGACAAAGCCCAAAAAAACACACAGCCAAUCUCGCAACCAACGCCCUUGGGGGACUCGGUUCCAUACACGCCCUCGACUCAGGCGCACACUUCUGGGGACUUGACUUCUGAAUCAAGUACGCCUAUGAAAUCAGCUAGCUCCAUUUCAUUCCAGGUGCCCACCGUCAACCCUCAGAAACACCGUGGUUCCAUCAGUGCUCGACCUUCAACCACUAAACUGUCCCUCCUCGAAUCUCCGGCUUCUGGAGUUCCAAGUUCAAGACAGCCUUCUGGUACUCAUCCUCCUACUGCACUGGGUCAUGAGUUCCCCCACCAAGUCAAACAUACGGAUGUUGGGUCCUCGAAAACAACCCCUACAACAGCUGUACCACUUCAUUCCGCUCUCGGAAAAGAGUCACGAGAGCACAGCGUUUCGUCCAUUUUUAGUGACAGACACCCAAGCUCGCAUUCCUCACCAAGAAAUCUCUCGUCCCCCUCUGGCGUCACUUCCCCUGUUUCUUUUGACUUGGGUCCUCAGUCAUCUCAAAACUCAACUGUUGGAGCCGACACUCUUCGGAACGAGAUAUUGUUCCAGCCUCUUUCGAACGAAAAUCGGGUGCAAUCGCCUCCAAUGGCUUCCAGAAAGAAAACUACUACAACGCCCAAAACAGUGGUUUCCACUCCAACCGGUCCGGUGGUCCCAUUCACCGAGUAUCUCAGCAAGGAGGACGAUGACAAAAUUCAUAUUCUGAUCGGUGCUACUGGCUCAGUGGCAACAAUCAAGAUCCCAAUGAUAAUUGACAAGCUUUUCAAGCUCUAUGGAGUUGACAAGGUGUCGAUCCAGUUGGUGGUUACGCAGGCCGCAGAGCACUUUUUGCAUGGACUCAAGAUUUCUACAGAGGUGAAAAUCUGGAGGGAGAACGAAGAAUGGUCGACACCAAUGACGAAGCCUGGUGACCCGAUAUUGCAUGUUGAGUUGAGAAAAUGGGCAGACAUUUUCCUGAUUGCUCCUCUUUCUGCCAACACUCUUGCCAAAAUUGCCAAUGGUAUUGCCGAUAACCUACUCACGUCGAUAAUCCGGGUGUGGAACCCAGCCAUUCCUAUCAUUAUGGCUCCCGCAAUGAACACUCUGAUGUACACCCACCCGAUCACAAAGAAACACUUUGCUGUCAUUAAGGAGGAUUUCAAAUUUGUUGAGGUGCUGAAACCGAUUGAGAAAGUGCUCAUCUGCGGAGACAUAGGAAUGGGCGGAAUGAGAGAAUGGAGCGAGAUUGUUGACAUUCUUUACCGGAAGAUGAAGACAUUACAGGCAGAAAAGUUGAAGAAAGCAAAUGAGAGGAUUGAAGAGGAGGAAGAGGAAGAGGAAGAAGAAGAAGACGAUGAUGAAGACGAUGAAGACGACGACGACGACUUUGAUGACGACUUUGAUGACGAUGAAGACGACGAUGUGGAGUCCACGGUCAUCGAAUCCAAGUCGUCUCGCGGAUGA